GUCUGGCCAUCCAUGCUCCCUCCUGCCUUCGUGACAGGGCGGGGAGCGCGUCUGCCUGGCGCCCCGCUUCUCCCUCCGGAGCCCGAUUGUGGCCCCUUCGUCCUAUAAUACCGUGAACUGCAUCAGCGACAGUCCUGGUCGUAGACAGGCUGGCGACUUUGGAGGCUGGGGUCUCAGGGCUGUGGGGUCGCGGGCGCCCAGCCAGAGUGCCCACCGUGAAGGGCGGUUGGUGUCCAGCUAUCCUCCCGGAAGCUCGUGUCAGACGGUGUUGAUGGAUGGCUUCCAGCCUCUAAUUAGGGAACCUGUGAGGAGAGACCUCACGACCCAAUGGGAACCCAUUUGCAGGGCGUCACCAAACCUGAAGUACAGCCCUUGCCACUCGGUCGCCAGUUGGGUGACCUUGGAUGGUCGCUGAGGCAAGUCGACUUUAACGCUGGGAUGAAAUCGGUGUUCCCGGGAGAGGGGUCGGUGCUAGUUCUUCCCUAGUUAGUAGAGGAUUCGAUGGUGAUUGACUACAGCGAAGCACCUGGGAGUAAAUUCCUUCAACGCUCAAGGUUAUAACAUUCCCAGGAGAGCUGCGGCCGAUCCUACGUGCGUCUGAAUUCCUUUCCCGGGGGCCACGUCGCAUCUCUCCUCCCGGAGGACCCAGCAUCCCUGUCCACGUGCCCUACGAAACACUGAACAAGCGCUUCCGUGCCGCACAGAAGAACAUUGACCGGGAGACAAGCCACGUCACCAUGGUAGUGGCUGAGCUAGAGAAGACCCUGAGCAGCUGUCCAGCCGUGGACUCUGUGGUCAGCCUCCUGGAUGGUGUGGUGGAGAAGCUCAGUGUGCUCAAGAGGAAGGCGGUGGAGUCCAUCCAGGCGGAGGGUGAGAGUGCCAAGCUAUGCAAGCGCAGGAUCGAGCACCUCAAGGAGCACAGCAGCGACCAGCCGGCAGCGGCCAGCGUGUGGAAGAGGAAGCGCAUGGACCGCAUGAUGGUGGAGCACCUGCUGCGCUGUGGCUACUACAACACGGCCGUGAAGCUGGCGCGCCAGAGUGGCAUCGAGGACUUAGUGAACAUCGAGAUGUUCCUGACAGCCAAAGAGGUGGAGGAGUCCCUGGAGAGGCGAGAAACAGCCACCUGCCUGGCCUGGUGCCACGACAACAAGUCCCGGCUGCGCAAGAUGAAGGGCCGCCAAAGCGAGCACGACGCGAAGACGGGACGGAAAAGUAGAGUGGCCAGUGGCCCCCCUAAAGAGAGUGAGGACCUUGGUAUGGAGACCAUAAAAGGAAGGCCAGAGUUGAGCUGCCUGGAGUUCAGCCUCAGGAUCCAGGAGUUCAUUGAGCUCAUCCGGCAGAACAAGAGGCUGGAUGCUGUGAGACACGCGAGAAAGCACUUCAGUCAGGCCGAAGGGAGCCAGCUGGACGAGGUCCGCCAGGUCAUGGGCAUGCUGGCAUUCCCGCCGGACACGCACAUCUCCCCCUACAAGGACCUGCUGGACCCGGCCCGGUGGCGGAUGCUGAUCCAGCAGUUCCGGUACGACAACUACCGGCUGCACCAGCUGGGGAACAACUCCGUGUUCACCCUCACCCUGCAGGCCGGCCUCUCGGCCAUAAAGACACCGCAGUGCUACAAGGAGGACGGCAGCUCGCGGAGCCCCGACUGCCCAGUGUGCAGCCGCUCCCUGAACAAGCUGGCGCAACCCCUGCCCAUGGCGCACUGCGCCAACUCGCGUCUGGUCUGCAAGAUCUCGGGGGACGUCAUGAACGAGAACAACCCGCCCAUGAUGCUGCCCAACGGCUACGUCUACGGCUACAACUCCCUGCUGUCUAUCCGGCAGGAUGAUAAAGUCGUCUGCCCGAGAACCAAAGAGGUCUUCCACUUCUCCCAGGCCGAGAAGGUGUACAUCAUGUAGGCGGGUCGCCGCACCCGGGCGGCUGCGGGCCCCUGCCUGCCUGCCUUUCUGUUUCUUGCGACCAAAGAUCAGUGAGCAACGACAAACACUCUUGGGAAGAGAAGUAAGAUUUAACAAGCUCGCACUUGAUUUUGUAACAAGUCAGCUCUUCGACGCUUCUGAAGCGCUUUCCCCUUUCAGAGAAACUUCUUUAAAGACUGACCACGCGGAGGGAGGCUAGAACCUUUCACCAUAGGAACUGAUCCCUUCCCCGUGUUCCAGUUCCCUCCCUUUUGCUAACGAGGAACCCCGGGGGACAGGCUAGUCCUCGGCCGUGGCCCGGGAGCGUUGGUGGCCAUGCCAGACUGCCCUGCGGCCACUCGGUGCCACGAGGGACCCUGUCACUUCUCUGUAGAGCUGCUGCCAAAACGCCAGCACCGCGGGAGGGGCCGGCCUCCAGGACCGCCGCCUGCCUGCAGCCGCGCCCACGGGGCUGUUAGGAUGUGUGUAGGCUGGGUGUCAUGUCACUCGUGCCGCCUUAUCUCCCGCCUGAGAAUGUAUCCGUGGAAAUCCACUGGACCGGGGUCUGCAGAGGCCUUGCCGACGGCUCCGUAACUUUAGCUCUAAACACUAUUCAUUGCAGAAGCCAAUAAUAGUUCAGUUGAAGUAAGCACCGAUGACUUUCCAAAUCAGAUGAACCAUCGUAGUUUACACGAAACCAUAUCGUAGAGGUUUGUAUUCAGCGCUUAUUUUUGCAUGUUGAUGUUGAUUAGCUAAUAAAAUGUAAAUGUAAGACA